AUGAAUCAUGCAUCCAGCCAAGGCAAAUUCCCCAACUACGUCACUGCGCAAUCAUCCUUGGUCCUUACUUGCUUUGCGCUGUUCACGCAUUUCUUACUUCUCCUGCUAAGUUCUCUUCGUUAUUCUUUCUCUUACAACAUCCAUUCUAUUGAAUUUGAAAACGAAGCCAAGAUGAAGCUGAAUUUGGCCACUGGCCUACUGGUUUUCCUUGCGUCCACUGAAGUCGUGGCAGCUUCUAGCUGGUGGAGUAAGGCUGUCUACAACAAAUGGCACGAAACUGAGCUUGAGCGAUGGCUAUCCGAUCAUGAUAUUCCUCACCCUAGUCCUGCCGACCGCAGAGAUCUAGAGAACCUGGUCAAAACCAACUGGGAUACCAGAGUGCAGAAGCCUCUGGGAGCAGUGGCCGACCAAAUCAACGAACAAGCUCACCAUGCAAAGGGGUGGGUUUUUGACACUUGGUCCGACUCCCAGUUGAAGACAUUCCUUGAUCGCCAUGGCAUUCCAGCUCCCCAGCCCCGCAAGCGCGAUGUGCUGAUCAAGAGUGCGCGUGAGAACUAUGAAGCCAUUGCCAAGAAAGUUGGUGAAACCACCUCUUACCCUGGAGACUGGCUAUACGAGACAUGGUCCGAGUCCGAUCUCAAGGGAUGGCUUGACGAGCGUGGAUGGCCCGCUCCUCAGCCGUCAACUCGUGACAAGCUCAUUGCCUCAGUGCGCCGUAAUUCUCGCAUCGUCAGCUUGCAGGCACAGAGCAUCGCUGCAUCUGCAUCUGCAUCUGCCGAAGCCGCUACACAGUCUUUGAGUGAUGAGCUUUUCAAUGCGUGGUCUGAUUCGAAGCUGAAAGAGUUCCUUGACGAACACAAUGUCAAGGUUCCCCAGGGAUCCAAGCGCAAUGAACUCGUCGCCCUCGCCCGCAAGAACCGUGCGUACCUUGUUGGAAAGGCCUCCAGCGCUGCCUCCAGUGCUUCUAGUGCUGCCGAGGAUGCGUUUGGUGCUGCGACCACCAAGGCUGGAAACCAGUAUGCGCGCGCUACCGAUGACGUCAGAAUGAAGGCCGAGGACGAGUUCAACGCUGCACUGAAAGGCUGGUCUGACUCCCGCCUCAAGGCAUUCCUUGAUGCUCGGAGUGUUCCUGUCCCUCAGAACGGCAAACGUGAUGAGCUAGUUGCUGCUGUGCGCGCCAACGCCCACAAGGCUGCUGGUGGAUGGAACCAAUACAACUUUGAUACUUGGGACAAGGAGCACCUGUUGAAAUACCUGUCUGCUAUGAACAGCAAGGCUGCUAAGAAAGCCGAUGCCUCCCGCGAGGAGCUAAUCAAGAAUGCUCAGGACUCCUACGCCAAGGCUUCCAAGGCUGGUGGUGAGCAGUACGCCUCUGCGUCUGCCUCUCUCGCCCAGGCCACUGGUUCAGUCAAGGACGCUACCUUUGACCAGUGGUCACAAUCCGAGCUCAAGAGAUAUCUUGACUCGUACGGCCUUCCCGUCUACCAGGGCUCAAACAUUAAUGAGCUCCGUGCUGCAGCCCGUCGCAAUGCCCAGUACUUCAAGUACGGCACCACGAACCCUCAGGACACUCUCUACGCCAAGCUCGUGGAUACUUUGCAGUGGGCUUUGGAACAACUGAAAAUCGGUGCUUCUAGCGGCCGCGCCCAAGGCCAAGAAGCUGCCGAAAAGACGCAGGAGAAGGUCUCCGAGAAGGCCCAAAAGCUGCGUUCGGAGCUGUAA